AUGGUACCGGACCCUGAGCAUAUGUACCAGCAGGUUCACGAACAAAAGGUACAGAAACCUGACUACAUGCACCAGCAGGUUCAGGAACAGAAGGUACAGCACCCUGAGCGCAUGCACCAGCAGGUUCUGGAUCCAAACGUUCUGGAGCUGAAUGUUCAGAACACUGAACACAUGCACCAGCUGGUUCAGGAACAGAUGGUACCGGACCCUGAGCAUAUGUACCAGCAGGUUCACGAACAAAAGGUACAGAAACCUGACUACAUGCACCAGCAGGUUCAGGAACAGAAGGUACAGCACCCUGAGCGCAUGCACCAGCAGGUUCUGGAUCCGAACGUUCUGGAGCUGAAUGUUCAGAACACUGAACACAUGCACCAGCUGGUUCAGGAACAGAUGGUACCGGACCCUGAGCAUAUGUACCAGCAGGUUCACGAACAAAAGGUACCGAAACCUGACUACAUGCACCAGCAGGUUCAGGAACAGAAGGUACAGCACCCUGAGCGCAUGCACCAGCAGGUUCUGGAUCCAAAGGUUCAGCUACCGAAGGGACAGAAACCUGAGUGCACGCACCAGCAUGUUCAGGAACAGAAGGUACAGAACCCUGAGCAUACGCAUAACCAGGUUCAGGAAAAGAAGGUACAGACCCCUGAGCACAUCCAACCGCAGGUUCAGGAACAGAAGGUUCUGGAGCUGAAUGUUCAGAACACUGAACACAUGUACCAGCUGGUUCAGGAACAGAUGGUACCGGACCCUGAGCAUAUGUACCAGCAGGUUCACGAACAAAAGGUACCGAAACCUGACUACAUGCACCAGCAGGUUCAGGAACAGAAGGUUCAGCUACCGAAGGGAGAGAAACCUGAGUGCACGCACCAGCAUGUUCAGGAACAGAAGGUACAGAACCCUGAGCAUACGCACAACCAGGUUCAGGAAAAGAAGGUACAGACCCGUGAGCACAUCCAACAGCAGGUUCAGGAACAGAAGGUUCAGCUACCGAAGGGACAGAAACCUGAGUGCACGCACCAGCAUGUUCAGGAACAGAAGGUACAGAACCCUGAGCAUACGCACAACCAGGUUCAGGAAAAGAAGGUACAGACCCGUGAGCACAUCCAACAGCAGGUUCAGGAACUGAAGGUUCUGGAGCUGAAUGUUCAGAACACUGAACACAUGCACCAGCUGGUUCAGGAACAGAUGGUACCGGACCCUGAGCAUAUGUACCAGCAGGUUCACGAACAAAAGGUACCGAAACCUGACUACAUGCACCAGCAGGUUCAGGAACAGAAGGUACAGCACCCUGAGCGCAUGCACCAGCAGGUUCUGGAUCCGAACGUUCUGGAGCUGAAUGUUCAGAACACUGAACACAUGCACCAGCUGGUUCAGGAACAGAUGGUACCGGACCCUGAGCAUAUGUACCAGCAGGUUCACGAACAAAAGGUACCGAAACCUGACUACAUGCACCAGCAGGUUCAGGAACAGAAGGUACAGCACCCUGAGCGCAUGCACCAGCAGGUUCUGGAUCCAAAGGUUCAGCUACCGAAGGGACAGAAACCUGAGUGCACGCACCAGCAUGUUCAGGAACAGAAGGUACAGAACCCUGAGCAUACGCACAACCAGGUUCAGGAAAAGAAGGUACAGACCCGUGAGCACAUCCAACAGCAGGUUCAGGAACAGAAGGUUCUGGAGCUGAAUGUUCAGAACACUGAACACAUGCACCAGCUGGUUCAGGAACAGAUGGUACCGGACCCUGAGCAUAUGUACCAGCAGGUUCACGAACAAAAGGUUCUGGAGCUGAAUGUUCAGAACACUGAACACAUGCACCAGCUGGUUCAGGAACAGAUGGUACCGGACCCUGAGCAUAUGUACCAGCAGGUUCACGAACAAAAGGUACCGAAACCUGACUACAUGCACCAGCAGGUUCAGGAACAGAAGGUACAGCACCCUGAGCGCAUGCACCAGCAGGUUCUGGAUCCAAAGGUUCAGCUACCGAAGGGACAGAAACCUGAGUGCACGCACCAGCAUGUUCAGGAACAGAAGGUACAGAACCCUGAGCAUACGCACAACCAGGUUCAGGAAAAGAAGGUACAGACCCGUGAGCACAUCCAACAGCAGGUUCAGGAACAGAAGGUUCUGGAGCUGAAUGUUCAGAACACUGAACACAUGCACCAGCUGGUUCAGGAACAGAUGGUACCGGACCCUGAGCAUAUGUACCAGCAGGUUCACGAACAAAAGGUACAGAAACCUGACUACAUGCACCAGCAGGUUCAGGAACAGAAGGUACAGCACCCUGAGCGCAUGCACCAGCAGGUUCUGGAUCCGAACGUACAGAUUCCUGAGCUCACGCACCAGCAAGUUCAGGAAGCGAAGGUACAGAACCCUGAGCAUACGCACAACCAGGUUCAGGAAAAGAAGGUACAUACCCAUGAGCACAUCCAACAGCAGGUUCAGGAACAGAAGGUUCAGGAAAAGAAGGUACAGAACCAUGAGCACAUCCAACAGCAGGUUCAGGAACAGAAGGUUCUGGAGCUGAAUGUUCAGAACACUGAACACAUGCACCAGCUGGUUCAGGAACAGAUGGUACCGGACCCUGAGCAUAUGUACCAGCAGGUUCACAAACAAAAGGUACCGAAACCUGACUACAUGCACCAGCAGGUUCAGGAACAGAAGGUACAGCACCCUGAGCGCAUGCACCAGCAGGUUCUGGAUCCAAAGGUUCUGGAUCCGAAGGUACAGAAACCUGAGCACACGCACCAGCAGGUUCAGGAACAGAAGGUUCAGGAACAGAAGGUACAGAGCUCUGAGCACACGCUCCAGCAGGUUCAGGAACAGAAGGUACAGCACCCUGAGCGCAUGCACCAGCAGGUUCUGGAUCCGAACAAGGUACAGAACCCUGAGCACAUCCAACAGCAGGUUCAGCAACCGAAGGGACAGGAACCUGAGCACACGCUCCAGCAGGUUCAGGAACUGAAUAUACAGAACCCUGAGCACACGGACCAGCAGGUUCUGGAUCCGAAGGUACAGAAACCUGAGCACACGCACCAGCAGGUUCAGGAACAGAAGCAGGUUCAGCAACCGAAGGGACAGGAACCUGAGCACACGCUCCAGCAGGUUCAGGAACUGAAUAUACAGAACCCUGAGCACACGGACCAGCAGGUUCUGGAUCCGAAGGAUCAGGAACAUAAGUUACAGAACCGUGAGCACAUGCACCAGCAGGUUCAGGAACAGAAGUUACAGAACCCUGAAUACAUGCACCACCUGGUUCAGGACCCGUUCAGGAGCCCUGAGCAAAUGCACCAGCUGUUUCAGGAACAGAAGGUACAGAACCGUGAGCACACGCUCCAGCAGGAUCAGGAACAGAAGGUUCUGGAGCUGAAUGUUCAGAACACUGAACACAUGCACCAGCUGGUUCAGGAACAGAUGGUACCGGACCCUGAGCAUAUGUACCAGCAGGUUCACAAACAAAAGGUACCGAAACCUGACUACAUGCACCAGCAGGUUCAGGAACAGAAGGUACAGCACCCUGAGCGCAUGCACCAGCAGGUUCUGGAUCCAAAGGUUCUGGAUCCGAAGGUACAGAAACCUGAGCACACGCACCAGCAGGUUCAGGAACAGAAGGUUCAGGAACAGAAGGUACAGAGCUCUGAGCACACGCUCCAGCAGGUUCAGGAACAGAAGGUACAGCACCCUGAGCGCAUGCACCAGCAGGUUCUGGAUCCGAACAAGGUACAGAACCCUGAGCACAUCCAACAGCAGGUUCAGCAACCGAAGGGACAGGAACCUGAGCACACGCUCCAGCAGGUUCAGGAACUGAAUAUACAGAACCCUGAGCACACGGACCAGCAGGUUCUGGAUCCGAAGGUACAGAAACCUGAGCACACGCACCAGCAGGUUCAGGAACAGAAGCAGGUUCAGCAACCGAAGGGACAGGAACCUGAGCACACGCUCCAGCAGGUUCAGGAACUGAAUAUACAGAACCCUGAGCACACGGACCAGCAGGUUCUGGAUCCGAAGGUUCAGGAACAGAAGGUACAGAGCUCUGAGCACAUGCUCCAGCAGGUUCAGGAACAGAAGGUACAGCACCCUGAGCGCAUGCACCAGCAGGUUCUGGAUCCGAACGUACAGAACCCUGAGCAUACGCACAACCAGGUUCAGGAAAAGAAGGUACAGACCCAUGAGCACAUCCAACAGCAGGUUCAGGAACAGAAGGUUCAGGAAAAGAAGGUACAGAACCAUGAGCACAUCCAACAGCAGGUUCAGGAACAGAAGGUUCAGGAACAGAAGGUACAGAGCUCUGAGCACACGCUCCAGCAGGUUCAGGAACAGAAGGUACAGCACCCUGAGCGCAUGCACCAGCAGGUUCUGGAUCCGAACCAUGUUCAGGAUCAGAAGGUACAGAACCCUGAGCACAUCCAACAGCAGGUUCAGCAACCGAAGGGACAGGAACCUGAGCACACGCUCCAGCAGGUUCAGGAACUGAAUAUACAGAACCCUGAGCACACGGACCAGCAGGUUCUGGAUCCGAAGGUACAGAAACCUGAGCACACGCACCAGCAGGUUCAAGAACAGAAGGUACAGACCCCUGAGCACAUGCACCAGCAGGUUCAGGAACUGAAAGUACAGACCCCUGAGCACAUGCGCCAGCAGGUUCAGUUCCAGAAGGUUCAGGAACAGAAGGUUGAGAACCCUGAGCAUAUGCACCAGAAGGUUCAGGAUCAGAAGGUACAGAGCUCUGAGCACAUGCACCAGCAGGUUCAGGAACAGAAGAUACAGAACCCUGAGCAGACGCACCUGCACGUUCAGGAACAGAAGGUUCAGGAACAGAAGGUACAGAGCUCUGAGCACACGCUCCAGCAGGUUCAGGAACAGAAGGUACAGCACCCUGAGCGCAUGCACCAGCAGGUUCUGGAUCCGAACGUUCAGCAACCGAAGGGACAGGAACCUGAGCACACGCUCCAGCAGGUUCAGGAACUGAAUAUACAGAACCCUGAGCACACGGACCAGCAGGUUCUGGAUCCGAAGGUACAGAAACCUGAGCACACGCACCAGCAGGUUCAGGAACAGAAGCAGGUUCAGCAACCGAAGGGACAGGAACCUGAGCACACGCUCCAGCAGGUUCAGGAACUGAAUAUACAGAACCCUGAGCACACGGACCAGCAGGUUCUGGAUCCGAAGGUACAGACCCCUGAGCACAUGCACCAGCAGGUUCAGGAACUGAAAGUACAGACCCCUGAGCACAUGCGCCAGCAGGUUCAGUUCCAGAAGGUUCCGGAACAUAAGUUACAGAACCCAGAGCGCACGCAGCAGCCGGUUCAGGAACAAAAGGUGCAGAACCCUGAGCAUACGCACCAGCUGGUUCAGGAACAGAAGGUUCAGGAACAGAAGGUACAGAGCUCUGAGCACACGCUCCAGCAGGUUCAGGAACAGAAGGUACAGAACCCUGAGCAUACGCACAACCAGGUUCAGGAAAAGAAGGUACAGACCCAUGAGCACAUCCAACAGCAGGUUCAGGAACAGAAGGUUCAGGAAAAGAAGGUACAGAACCAUGAGCACAUCCAACAGCAGGUUCAGGAACAGAAGGUUCAGGAACAGAAGGGACAGAACCCUGAAUACAUCCACCAGCAGGUUCAGGAACAGAAGGUACAGAACCAUGAGCACAUCAAACAGCAGGUUCAGGAACGGAAAGUACAGAACCCUGAGCACAUCAAACAGCAGGUUCAGGAUCCGAAGGGACAGAAAUCUGAGCACACGCACCAGCAAGUUCAGGAAGAGAACGUACAGAACACUGAGCACACGCAACAGCAGGUUCAGGAACAGAAGGUACAGAACACUGACCACACGCACCAGCAGGCUCAGGAAGAGAAGGUUCAGCAACCGAAGGGACAGGAACCUGAGCACACGCUCCAGCAGGUUCAGGAACUGAAUAUACAGAACCCUGAGCACACGGACCAGCAGGUUCUGGAUCCGAAGGUACAGAAACCUGAGCACACGCACCAGCAGGUUCAGGAACAGAAGAAGGUACAGAACCCUGAGCCCAUGAACCAGCAGGAUCAGGAACAGAAGGUACAGAGCCCUGAACACAUGCACCAGCGGGUUCAGGACCCGUAG